GGUGACGGGCACGGGGAAGCGGGGAGGACCCGGAAGGUUUCUCAGUCCGAGCGCCGCUGCCCCCAUCGCCGCUCCCCCUCCUGCGCGCCGAGAUGGACCCGGUGGGAGUCGCCGCCGCCCCCGAGCCCGGCCCGGGCAGCGCCUGGCAGGGCAAGUGUCCAUGGGGAGCCCCUAACAAAACAUCAAUAUCAUGUUCCCUUGCUGAUGUAAUGAGUGAACAGCUGGCAAAAGAGCUGCAGCUAGAAGAAGAAAAUGCUGCUUUUCCUGAAGUGGUUGCUGUUGCUGAAGGACCAUUUAUUACAGGAGAAAAUAUUGACACUUCUAGUGACCUAAUGCUAGCUCAGAUGCUGCAGAUGGAAUUUGACAGGGAAUAUGAUGCACAGCUUCGUCGUGAAGAGAAGAAGAUCAAUGGAGAUAGUAAAGUCUCCAUAUCCUUUGAAAAUUAUCGGAAGGUACACCCCUAUGACAGUGACAGCUCAGAGGAUGAAGUUGAUUGGCAAGAUACCCGUCAUGAUCCUUACAGAGCAGAUAAACCUACUACUACACCAAGAAGAGGCUUUGUAGGAAAAGGAAAAGACAUUACUACUAAACAUGAUGAAGUGGUAUGUGGAAGAAAGAACACUGCUCGCAUGGAAAAUUUUGCACCUGAAUUCCAAGUUGGAGAUGGAAUAGGAAUGGAUUUAAAGCUGUCAAAUCAGGUCUUCAAUGCCUUAAAGCAACAUGCGUACUCUGAGGAACGUCGAAGUGCAAGGCUUCAUGAAAAGAAGGAGCACUCCACUGCUGAGAAAGCAGUGGACCCCAAAACACGUUUACUUCUGUACAAGAUGGUCAAUGCUGGGACGCUGGAGACCAUCACAGGCUGCAUCAGCACAGGAAAAGAAUCUGUUGUUUUUCAUGCGUAUGGAGGAAAUGCAACUGAAGAUAAAGUUAUACCUCCAGAAUGUGCCAUCAAAGUCUUUAAAACAACUCUUAAUGAAUUCAAGAACCGUGACAAAUAUAUUAAGGAUGACUACAGAUUUAAAGACCGCUUCAGCAAAUUGAAUCCACGAAAGAUUAUUCGUAUGUGGGCUGAGAAAGAAAUGCAUAACUUAACAAGAAUGCAAAAUGCAGGAAUUCCUUGUCCUGAAGUGGUUAUCCUUAAGAAACACGUCUUGGUUAUGUCUUUCAUUGGUCAGGAUCAAGUUCCAGCUCCUAAACUAAAGGAUGUAACACUUAGUAGUGAAGACAUGAAAAAGGCCUAUUAUCAGGUUCUUAAUAUGAUGCAACAGUUGUAUAAGGAGUGCAAGCUGGUCCAUGCAGAUCUGAGUGAAUAUAACAUGCUUUGGCAUGAUGGGAAGGUCUGGCUUAUUGAUGUCAGUCAGUCUGUGGAGCCAACCCAUCCUCAUGGACUUGAGUUUUUGUUCAGAGACUGCAGGAACGUUUCACAGUUCUUCCAGAAAGGAGGUGUGGCAGAAGCACUUAAUGAGCGUGAACUCUUCAAUGCUGUCUCAGGUCUAAAUAUUACAGCUGACAAUGAAGUAGAUUUCUUAGAAGAGAUUGAAGCUUUGGAGAAGACGAAUGAAGAUCAUGUGCAGAAUCAUGGAAAGAAACUGUCUAUGUUUUCAAGCGAUGGAGACCCACCUAUAUAUGAUGAAUAGCACUGAGUGUAUAGCUGCUAACAAAAUGAAAUACAAAUUUACUGCUUCUAACUGUGUUGGUGCAGUGGUAAAUGUCAACUGCCAAUGUCAAGAGAGAGUGGUUGACUGUGAAUACCAAAAUGGAAAACACAGCGAGCAUACGGUGAUGCCUCAGUGUUUUUUUUUUAACUUAGCCCAUACAUCAGGUUGGCACUGUGAGAAUGGACUGUCACUACCUCUUUGAAUGGUCUGAAAACUUCACCAAUUGCCCAGUUAUGUCAGACCAAUGUAGUUGAGGUGCUCAUAUUUUGCAUGAUUUGGAGCCUAUAUGUUUUAGUUUAAAAAAAAAAAAAAAAAAGUAAUCUAGAUAAUCUAAAUUAUUUAGCGGGAAAGUACACUAGGAGAGUCCCUCUUUUUUUUCCUAUUGCUACUUGAAAAAUAAUUUGAAAUUGUGUGUAUGACACAAUGUCAAUGAAGCUUUCAUUCUCCUCCGCCAAAGGCAAAA